UCUUCUCACCCACGUUUGGACUUUGGACAUGGCCCGUUGCAUUGUCACAUAACAUGACAUCUUUGUAACUUCACUUUUAAGUGGCACUGAAACUUUAACUAAUGCCUUACUUAUCUGCAGGUUAAAUUCUAUCUGCACACUAAGCCACACACUUAUAGAACCAAGAGCUUGCAUGAAUGAUUCUGAAUGGAAAGCAAAUGAUUCCAAUAGCGUGGCUUUGGAGAAGUUCAAAAGAGACAGCGUUUAUAUUGACAAAAAUGGCAGAUUAAGGAACUUCAAUCACAAAAAAGUGUCAAGGAAAAAAUGUGGUUCUUUGAGAGGACGAGGAUGGAAAUACGGUUCUGGGUUUGUUGAUGGGAUUUUUCCUGUGCUGAGUCCAACUGCACAGCAGAUUCUGGACUAUGUUGAAAAGGGUGUGGAGAGUGAGAGCAUUUGGGGUUCUUUGGACAUGCUUCCUCCCACUCUUGAUGCAUGGGAUGAUAUUUUCACUGUGGCUGUUCAACUUCGGAUGAGGAAACAGUGGGAUUCAAUCAUUUCGAUAUGUAGAUGGAUACUGCUAAGGAGCUCCUUUAAGCCAGAUGUAAUCUGCUAUAAUUUACUCAUAGAAGCUUUUGGGCAAAAGCUUCUAUACAAGGAGGCAGAAUCCACCUAUCUGCAGCUUCUUGAGGCUAGAUGCAUUCCUACCGAAGAUACUUAUGCCCUUCUUAUAAAGGCCUACUGCAUAUCUGGGCUGCUAGAAAAAGCUGAAGCAGUCUUUGCCGAAAUGCGAAAUUAUGGCCUUCCCUCAAGUGCAGUUGUAUACAAUGCUUAUAUAAACGGAUUAAUGAAAGGAGGAAAUUCUGACAAAGCAGAAGAGAUUUUCAAAAGGAUGAAGAAGGAUGCCUGCAAGCCAACUACUGAAACUUAUACCAUGUUGAUAAAUUUAUAUGGAAAGGCUGGUAAAUCCUUUAUGGCCUUAAAAUUGUUCCAUGAAAUGAUGAGCCAUGAUUGCAAACCUAAUAUUUGCACAUAUACUGCUCUGGUGAAUGCAUUUGCGAGAGAAGGACUAUGUGAGAAAGCAGAGGAAGUGUUCGAGCAGAUGCAAGAAGCUGGACUUGAACCUGAUGUAUAUGCUUAUAAUGCCCUCAUGGAAGCUUACAGUCGUGCAGGUUAUCCUUACGGAGCUGCAGAAAUUUUUUCACUAAUGCAGCACAUGGGAUGUGAACCAGAUAGAGCCUCAUAUAAUAUCUUGGUAGAUGCAUAUGGGAAAGCAGGUUUUCAAGAUGAUGCUGAAGCUGUUUUUAAAGAUAUGAAAAGAGUGGGAAUAACACCAACAAUGAAGUCCCACAUGGUUCUUCUGUCUGCCUAUUCCAAAAUGGGCAGUGUGAAUAAAUGUGAGGAGAUUCUUAACCAAAUGUGUAAAUCUGGUCUGAAACUAGACACUUAUGUUCUCAACAGCAUGCUGAACUUGUAUGGACGGUUAGGCCAAUUUGGAAAGAUGGAAGAAGUUCUGAGAGUGAUGGAAAAAGGAUCAUAUGUAGCUGAUAUUAGUACAUACAAUAUCUUGAUAAAUAGGUAUGGUCAAGCAGGAUUUAUUGAGAGAAUGGAAGACUUGUUUCAAUUGCUUCCUAGCAAAGGUUUAAAACCUGAUGUGGUGACUUGGACUUCUCGUAUUGGAGCCUACUCUAAAAAAAAGCUUUACUUAAAGUGCUUAGAAAUAUUUGAAGAAAUGAUUGAUGAUGGUUGUUACCCAGAUGGGGGAACAGCUAAGGUACUUCUUGCAGCAUGCUCCAAUGAAGAUCAGACUGAGCAGGUUACUACUGUCAUUAGAACAAUGCACAAGGAUAUGAAGACUGUUUUGCCAGUUUAACUUGUUUGAAAUUUGAGCUGGUACUAAUAUAAAAAAGUAUUAUGUACAUGAUUUUUUUUUAUAGAAAUAGUAAAAUACUAAAUGAUUCACUUUCUUUACAAUUAGACCAAUCCAAAAGACAAAGUCCAGUUCCUUGCAAUAAGCUCCACAAUCAUCCCUACUAUGGCCACCUGCUUGAGAAAAGGGGGGCAAACCCUUGAUUCCACUAUAUGAAAAAUAUUGGAAAUUGUGCAUCUCACACAAAAUAUGACGAAAACACCUCCUGGACCAAUAUGAUUGGUACUGUUGAUUUCAAUGGGCUACAAGCACAUCACAAUUGAACGUGAUAUCAAUUUCUGUGA